AUGCUUCUUGGGAUGUUGAAAAGAACGAAAACAGAGUUUACUUGGACAGUAGAAGAGGAAAUUUCUUCUCAGUCUUUUACGAGCCACCCAGAUAAGCUAAUCUACUUCGAUAGCAUGCAAGAAGUUGAUUUUGGCAAUACCGUAAAAGCAUUGGAUUUAACAGAACAUGCGAUGAGAUUCGUAGGAACAUGGCCGCCAAAAAGUUUUCAGCCGAUUUUUCUUUUCUUUCUUAUUUAUCUAACAGUUCAUUGUACUUCAGCUAUCAUCGAUAUUGCAGUUAACAUAAGCGAUAUGGAAUACAUCAUAUCUUGCUUAAUGGAAAACGUAUUUAAUGUCAUUGCUCUUUUGAAAAUAAGCAUUUGCAAGAUAAAGAGAAAAUCAUUAGCCAAAUUUAUAGACGAUAUAAGGUCAGAUUUUACAUUGGACAAUUAUUACUACGAAGAAGAAAAAAUGGCGUUUAUUCAUUAUAAUAAAUGCAGUCGAAAAUUUGUUAUUGUCCUAUUGGUCGCUUCUUUCGUAGCAUCAUCGAUGUAUUAUUUUUUCUCACUUGCUAUAAACAUAGAAAUAGUGUUAACAAACUCAUCAUAUGGAUAUCGAUUACCAUACAGAGUUUGGUUAUUAAUCGAACCAACGAACGUAGUAACCUAUGUCUGUCUUUGUUUUUAUCAAUUUUUAAUUAUACCUACUAUCGUGUUUGGUUACAUUGGUACGGAUUGUCUUUUUGUUAGUUUGGUACUUCACGUAAGUGGAUUGUUUUCUGCACUUUCAUACGAAGUCAAAUAUGUAUUGAACGAUUCGUGUGAUCGUGAAAAACAUUUGAAACAACUGAUUAUUAAACACGUACGUUUAAUAAGAUUAUCGGAAUCAUUAGAGGAGGAUUUCAAUCUUAUAAUUUUAUUACAAUUGAUAGGAACUAUCUUACAAUUUUGUAUUGUUGGUUACGAUGCACUUGUGAGAUCAGUCGACGGUGACAUGGCAAUGUUAUUGUCCUUUCUUUUUAUUGGCUCCGCUGUGGCUGGCGUACUAUUGAUUUAUUGUUACAUAGGAGAAUGUCUUAUAAAAGAAAGUUCCAUCUUAGGCGACGCAUUAUAUUUAUGCGAGUGGUACAAUAUAUCAAAAGAGGAGAAGAAAUUAAUGCACAUAUGCAUGUUACGAUCGACUAAAGAAAUGCGUUUAACUUCAGGAAAAUUUUUUGUAUUAUCACUGACCACUUUCACUGACGUUUUGAAAACGUCAAUGGCUUAUUUUUCAGUUCUACGAACAUUUAUAUAA